AUGCAGAUAUAUCCUGAUGAUGAAGCUGUCCAGCUGGGCAGCAAGAUUAUCAAAAGCGCGGAAGCAGCUGGGGUUAAACAUGUGGUUUUCAGCUCAGCUCCGUAUGUCAGCCGGUUGACCAAUGGGAAAGUGUCCCUGAACUCUUUGGAUGUGAAAGCAAAAAUCGAAGAGGUAGGACAGGCCGCGACCGGGUUUGACACAUUUACCCCCGUUAUGGUGGGAUGGUACUUAGAGCAGAUUGGCGAAUUUACCGCGGAUCUCUAUGGUGGAUUCCCUGUGAAGGAAGAUUCAGAGGGCAUCUCAACCUGUCGACUGCCUCUAUGGGGUGGGAAAGAACAGAUGCCCUGGAUCAGCAUUGCCGAUGAUUUUGGUGACAUUGUCCAUGGCAUAUUCUUGAAACCCCUGCGUUGGAACCGCCGUUUGGUUCAGUGUCAUGCAGAUCUACUCUCGGCCGCCAAUAUGACUACUACUUAUAGCGCUGUAACUGGAAAGAAGACACGAUUCAUUCCUUGUGUGGAUAUCGCCGACAUGAAGGCAGGAAUCUUUGAUGGUGUUCAGAAUAUGUUUAUCUACACACAAAUGAGAGAUGGGGACUACUAUCCCAAUGGAAUAUCGGAGAUCGAAACUGCGGCCGAAUUGAAACUCGCAGCCUUCAAGGCAAAGCGAGGCAAGGGGAGAGAGACCCUUCUUACUGUCAGAGAAUAUUUUGGGAGAGAGUAUGGCAAAUGA